AUGGAAUCGGAGGAUUAUAUGCACGACGCGAACGAAUUGACGUCGGCGGAGGAGGAAGAUGACUAUUACAGUGGCGGCGGUGACGAUAUUGACGAUGGUGAUUAUGACUUCAUGCCUAUUGACUCUGAUGCCGAUGAAGUUUUCGCUAUCCGCGCACAGAAGAAUUAUACCGUCUUGAAGGAAGAAGACAUACGGAAAAUUCAAGGUGAAGAUAUUAUGAGAAUCUCUAAUGUUCUCUCCAUCUCAAGAGAAGCAGCAUGCAUACUAUUGCGCCGCUAUAAUUGGAAUGUGAACGAUGUGCAUGAACAAUGGUUUGCUGAUGAAGGACGAGUCCGUAAAUCUGUUGGUUUAUUUGAGAAGCCAGUGGUUCAAUUUUUGAAUGCCAAGAAAGUGACUUGUGGGAUCUGUUUUGACAACUACUCUCAUGAGCUGGUACAUUCUGCAGCCUGUGGCCAUGCUUUCUGCGACUCAUGCUGGAAAGCUUACGUUAGCACAUCCAUCAAUGAUGGCCCUGGAUGCUUGACGCUGAGGUGUCCUAGUCCAUCUUGUGGUGCUGCUAUUGGCCAAGAUAUGAUUGAUAUGUUGGCGUCUGAUGAAGAUAAGGAGAAGUAUCGUCAUUACCUUCUAAGAUCUUUUGUUGAAGACAGCCGAGAGACGAAGUGGUGUCCUGCUCCCGGUUGUGAUUGUGCGAUUGAAUAUGAUGUUGGGAGUGGAAACUAUGAUGUCACUUGCAGCUGUUCGUAUAGCUUCUGUUGGAAUUGUACAGAAGAAGCUCAUCGUCCGGUGGACUGUGAAACAGUGGCCAAGUGGAUUUUGAAGAACAGUGCCGAGUCAGAAAACAUGAAUUGGAUAUUGGCCAAUUCCAAACCUUGUCCCAAGUGCAAGCGUCCAAUUGAAAAGAACGAAGGUGAAGCUGAAACUGGUUUGGAGAGGCUUCAUCAGUGUGCAGAGAAGGAGCUGCAGACUUACCUUAAUGCUGAAGGUCGAUCAAAAGAUUUCAAUGACUUCUGCAUAAAACUUGCUGGUCUGACAAGUCUUUCGGAACUUUUUUUUCACGGUCCUGGCUCCAGACUUGUUCUUGAGCCUAACGUUGGGUAUGUUUCUCAGUAUUUCCCAAUCCACUCGAAGGCAUGCACCUAA